AUGAGCAGCGCAUCUCCUUCCUCGAAAGGGUCGCGAAAACGCUUCAGCAGAAUCGUAGGCCUUCGUAACGCAUCGUAUGGUUCCGUGUUUCUCCCUCUGUAUCACCCCAGGAGGGUGGCGACCGAGGCACGGGAGAAGGAAGCGCCGACCCACAACGUCGGUACAGCCGAGACUUCUUCGGCGCUUAGCAUCCACAAGGUGGGGAGGGGCAACGCCAUAUUGACGUACUAUCCUGGGUUGCCCAUCCCGCUCGCCGGGUACGAACAAAUGUCAAACUACACGCGCUCAGUCGUCGAGGACGUCAAACCCUGGUGUGAUGGCUCAGUAAUGGUGGUUGUCGACAAUUGUGGCAACUGCUACUCGAGUAGCUGGUUCCUGAUUGUCAUCCUGUGGGCCGUGGAGAGUCCGGGAAGGCUCCGUGAUUUGAUGGGAAAGCUCCAGGACGGGUGCCUCGAGGGAGGGGCAUUGUUCGACAUUCCGCUGCCCUAUCAGGGGUACGUCAAGGCCGUGUUCGACCUGAUCGAGACGCUGCAGCAGCGCUGGGAGAAACACACAAGACUUGCCAAGGAUGACGACCGCGACUACCACGGCGUCCAGGAAGCGGUGGGCAUCGUAAAGAUGCUGAAGAAAGUGCCCGGUUUAGCGACAACGCCAGCGGCGGGCGGAACCAACGAGGAAGCCAUGGGGCUUCAGCUAAAGCGGGGGAUUGCCAUCGUGGCUCGCGCGUUCGACGUAUGGUGGGCUAGCCGCAACGAGUUCUCAGAGAUGCACAUCGUGGCCACCCUUCAUCGGUCGAUGGAGUUUGAUGUUGGGCUCCAGAUCGCCAUGAACAACAGUGCGAGAGAAGCAGGGGGAGAGCCCCACCACUCCUCCUCCGCGUCGUCUUCCAUGGCCGCACCAGACAUGAUGCGCCCCGCGUGUAGUCUAGGCUACAUUAUUGGGAUGGCAAUGGAGAACAUAGAUACCGACCGCAACGUCAAUAGGACGGACCUUAUGGAGAUUUUCGAUGGGGAUGCGGAGGCGGCGAGGGUGAACCACAUUCACAUCGACGGGAUGGAUGUAUGGAAAGACUCGUGCCCGCACUACAACGUGCGGGUGAAGGCCGGCCCUCUAGCAAACGCCCUCGCGGUCGAGUACGGCCUCGACCUUGGCAAAGGCGAUGCCGUCGCCCUUUCCUGGCUUGAGAAGGGCCACCGGUGGCAAGAGGAGAAUUCUGUUGGCAUCGGGGACUUCGUCAGUUCCGAGGAGCUCAAGGAGCUCGAGAAGCUCGAGCGGGAGGUGAGAGAAUAA